AUGGAGAGCUCUGCCAAGAUGGAGAGCGGCGGCGCAGGCCCGCAGCCCUUCCUGCCGCCCGCAGCCUGCUUCUUUGCCACGGCCGCGGCGGCGGCUGCGGCGGCCGCGGCGGCGCAGAGCGCGCAGCAGCCGCCGCCGCCGCAGCCGCAGGCGCCGCAGCUGAGCCCCGCGGCCGACGGCCAGCCCUCAGGGGGCGGUCACAAGUCAGCGCCCAAGCAAGUCAAGCGACAGCGCUCGUCCUCGCCCGAACUGAUGCGCUGCAAACGCCGGCUCAACUUCAGCGGCUUCGGCUACAGCCUGCCGCAGCAGCAGCCGGCCGCCGUGGCGCGCCGCAACGAGCGCGAGCGCAACCGCGUCAAGCUGGUCAACCUGGGCUUCGCCACCCUUCGGGAGCACGUCCCCAACGGCGCGGCCAACAAGAAGAUGAGCAAGGUGGAGACGCUGCGCUCCGCCGUCGAGUACAUCCGCGCGCUGCAGCAGCUGCUGGACGAGCACGACGCGGUGAGCGCCGCCUUCCAGGCGGGCGUCCUGUCGCCCACCAUCUCCCCCAACUACUCCAACGACAUGAACUCCAUGGCCGGGUCGCCGGUCUCAUCCUACUCGUCGGAUGAGGGCUCCUACGACCCUCUCAGCCCCGAGGAGCAAGAACUGCUCGACUUCACCAACUGGUUCUGA